CAGAGCUCCCUCAAUCAACAACUAACAAUUACAUCGCAGAUACAUGAAAACAUAUCAAGCGUAAUUCCACGUUUACAACCACACUCCGUUUAUAAGCCCAAACAAACCCUCUCUCAACCAAAAACCCACACAUUCUCUUCUUCUCUUUCUCUUUUCUCUUCUCCUUCAACAAUGGCCAAAGAGAGAGAGAAGAAACUCUACGUAGCUUUACUCGGAAACUACGCAGCAGAACUAAAGCUUCUCCUCACAACCCUUCUUCUUCUCUGCGUCGUUGCAACUCUUCUUCAGUUCCUCCCUUCUCGCUUCACCAUCUCUGCUUCCGAUCUCCGAGUUUGCAUAUCAAGAGUCACCCAAACAACCCCUAAUGCCACUUCAUCGACUACAUCGUUAACAUCACUACCCUCUGUUUCUCUCCCUUCUCCACCACCACCACCGUCACCGUCACCACCACCACCUUCACCACCACCACCCUCACCACCUUCUGAACAAGUCAUCGCCGGAGGAAUCAUAAAACGCGCUUUCAACCCUUACGGUUCCGCAGCUUACAACUUCGUAACAAUGGGUGCAUACAGAGGAGGCCUAAACACGUUUGCUAUCGUUGGAAUCUCUUCAAAGCCUCUUCAUGUCUACGCUAAACCCACUUACGAGUGCGCCUGGGUUUCACUCGCCGGCGAAAACUCCUCCAAACCCGUCACCACCGUCGGCUACAAGAUCCUCCCUGACUGGGGCUAUGGUCGCGUCUACACCGUAGUUAUCGUGAACUGCACUUUCUUGGAGCCUCUCAAUGUUGACAACGCCGGCGGCAAGCUCGUUCUCUUCGCCUCCACCUCCGGCGGCGGCGAUGCGAGCCUCAACGUCACCGACAGAAUCGAGGUUCUCACAGAGCAACCGGGAACUCUAGAUGCUUCGUUGUUCAGUUCAAAGCCUAAGUACGAUUACUUGUACUGUGGUUCGUCUCUGUAUGGGAACCUUAACCCACAAAGGGUUCGAGAGUGGAUCGCUUACCACGUGAAGUUUUUCGGGCCAAGGUCGCAUUUUGUGAUACAUGACGCAGGUGGGGUGCACGCGCAGGUUUUGGAGGUGUUGAAGCCGUGGAUGGAACUUGGGUACGUGACUUUGCAGGAUAUAAGGGACCAAGAGAGGUUUGAUGGGUAUUAUCAUAACCAGUUUAUGGUGGUUAAUGAUUGUUUACAUAGGUAUAAGUUUAUGGCUAAGUGGAUGUUCUUCUUUGACGUGGAUGAGUACAUUUAUGUGCCACCUAAAAGUACUAUUAAGUCCGUUCUCGAUUCACUCUCCGAGUACUCUCAGUUCACCAUUGAACAGAUGCCAAUGAGUAGCAAGCUUUGCCUUUCCGCAGAUUAUGGCAAAACCUACAGGAAAUGGGGCUUUGAGAAGCUGGUGUAUAAAGACUCGAAGAAAGGGAUUAGAAGGGAUCGCAAAUAUGCAGUGCAACCAAGGAACUUGUUUGCAACUGGGGUUCACAUGUCACAGAACCUAGCAGGAAAGACGACUCACAAAACUGAAGGGAAAAUCAUGUACUACCAUUAUCAUGGAACCAUAGCUGAAAAGAGAGAAUCAUGCAAAAUGCUUUUGAAUCAAACAGAAAUUACCUAUGACAAAACCCCUUACGUGUUGGACACCACCAUGAGGGACAUUGCUGGUGUGAUCAAGAAAUUUGAGCUCAAGAUGAUUGGAAAUAGGCUACAGAAGAAGACACGGCAAUGACGCUGCCAACAGGACAAAUCUCUUUAUUUUUUUAUUUUAAACUUUAUAAUAAUUUAACUUGUGGUAGAAUAGAAAUUCAUUGAGCGGUUCUUUUUUUCUUUUCUGUUUGAUAGUUUUUUUUUUAUUUCGUAUAUUUACAGAUGAGUACAUGAGCUGUUUCAUUCUUAGUGUUUCUUUUGUGUUCACUAUUGUUUUUUAUUCUUUUCUUUUUUACAUUUGUAAAAAAAAUAAUGAAUAAAGAUGAAUGGUUCAAUAAUGUUGUCGGUGUGGGGCAUGAUGAGGCAUCCCCACCCACAGUGACAGACACCAUAUGGAGGGUGGCUAUUGUGCCCCUCUUGGCUGUUGCUGUGCUGGUGUGUGCAUCUUUUUUUCUUAUUCUAUUUUCGAUCCCCCCAUUCUUUAAUUAUUUUCUGUGAAAGCAUUAUAUUCCUUUCUUUAAUUUGAUGAUGAAUCCUAGCUCUUUCUUUGACCC